AGAUUCAGAAAAGUGUCGGAAAGUGGUCCAAAAGCCUCAGCAGAGCGAAUACUACGACAAAAGGAUCCCAACACAGGCUGCUUGUAACGUCUGAGGAUCUGUCAGGUCCACAGCAGUCCAGAGGAACGCAGGACUUUGUGAUUUUUUUUCCUGCGGGGAACAGAGAGGUGUAACUUCUCAAUUUUUAAAGGUCUCUUCUCCACUGUGAAUAACCAAAGUGUACAAUGACAACCCAUUUUAGGAGCGGCCCAAGCUUCGGACUAUCAGCAGAGGUCAAAAGCAAGCUAGCAGGGAAGUAUGACCCCCAGAAGGAGGAAGAGCUGAGGCUGUGGAUCCAGGACGUGACUGGUCGGAGGAUUGGAGACAACUUCAUGGAGAGUCUGAAGGAUGGAGUCCAACUCUGCGAACUCAUCAACACUCUGCAGCCAGGGUCUGUAAGAAAAAUAAACAACUCCCCUCAGAACUGGCACCAGUUGGAAAACAUUAGCAAUUUUGUGCGUGCAAUCACAGACUAUGGGAUGAAACCUCACGACAUCUUUGAGGCCAACGAUCUAUUUGAGAACACCAACUACACUCAGGUCCAGAGCACUCUCAUCACCCUCGCUGGCAUCGCCAAGUCCAAAGGUUUCCACUCCAAGUACGACCUUGGCGUGAAGUAUGCAGAGAAACAGCAGCGCCACUUUGCCCCUGAGAAGAAUAAGGAGGGACGCAAUGUCAUCGGCCUACAGAUGGGCACCAACAAGUUUGCCAGCCAGAAGGGCAUGACCUCCUACGGAACACGACGCCACCUGUAUGACCCCAAGACUGGCAUGGAGAACCCCUUGGACCAGGCCACCAUAAGCCUGCAGAUGGGCACCAACAAGGGUGCCAACCAGUCUGGCAUGACAGCCCCAGGUACCAGGAGACACAUCUUUGAUAAGAAGCUGGAUCUGGAGAACUGUGACACCAGCACUGUCUCCCUGCAGAUGGGCACCAACAAGAUGGCGUCCCAGCAGGGCAUGACCUCCUAUGGCCAGCCACGGCAGGUCUACGACAACAAGUACUGCUCCAGCCCUGGUGACGAGAUAGACAAUGGAGAGGGCGUGGCCGAGUUUGACGGAUACCACCACUACUCUGACUGAACGGGACCAGACAGAGGACAGAAUUAACCCCCGCCCCCCCCCCUCCCCGGCUCCCUCUCCCUGCAAUGUAGCGGCCUGCAAAAAACAACCCCCUCCUCCCAACCUAGCAAGACCCCCUCCCGUACCGUCACUGAUUGUUGAAGUCAUAGCCAUCUUCCUGCCUGGUUGUUUUGAAACCCUUUUACUUUUUGCUCUUUUUUUCUUAUUUGUUCCGUCUGGUGCAUGGGAUUGAUUUAUAGUAUUUGCAAAUAUGAUAUCGAUGUUGGCAAGCCUAACUCCCCUCCUUUGUCUUUUGUAUUUGAUAUGGUGACCACCAUAAAGGUUUUUUUGAUAAGCCCAAAAAUUUGAUAUUUAUAGAUGUUUUUUAUAUUUAAUUGUGUUACAGCUGUAGAUGCCCCAUUCUACAGUGAACAUAAAGAAAACUGAAAAAUCCAAGAGAAAAAAAUAAAUGAUUGACUUGGUGCUGUUUACCUUUUAUUUUUAUUUUUCUUUAAAAAAAAAGUCCUUGUCCACAUUGGAAUAUUCAAGGCUCCAGAACUCUCCAUGAGUUCUGUUGUGGAAUCUUCUGGAGAGUGAGAAAGAGUAGGACUAGUGGACUAGUAUCUACAAGUGGACUAUGCUGGUCCAUGCAUCUGGUAUCUCUUCUGGAGCCCACACAGGCACUUUGUCCUAGCACUGUUUUGAUAACAUUAGUAGAUGGACUAUCUGCAACAUUAUUUCUAUUCUUGAUAUGAUCAAACCUUUCUGCAAUUUUUGUAAAAUUAGGUUUCUUGAGCUUGGAGUUAUGUCACGAGUACAGUCUGCCACCAUGGUGGCUUUAUCGCCUCAUCACCUACCUUGAACAGUAUACACAUUCAGUUUAAUUUGGGUUUCCAGUACUCUGUAAAGACUCUACACUCUUGUGUAGUAUUAGCUAGUAUUUUAGGCUCCAUAUUUCCCAAGAGCACUUAGCUUUUGUAUCUGUUUUCACUUCCAACUUAAUGCACAUGCACAUGGCUAGUAUACCAAAGGGCAAGCAGGCUAUAUUGCUUACUUGACAAAAUGUUGCCUAAAGAAAAUGCCAGAACUUAAUGGCAGAUUAUAUAGUCUGAUUUCUGUUUCCUGUAUCAUGACGUGACAUUUUUGCCCACCGCUUGUCUUGAAUGUUUUAAGAUAAUUAGACGAUGCCGGGUGCUAUUGAUAUCGACAAGUUGAUAUUGUAUUGGUGAUUGCCAUCUUUCAGAAGGCAAUGAAUCAUCAUGUACCUUUUUACUUACAUUUUCAGAUGCAAUGAACAGAAUAUACAGCAAGCUAAACAAUGUAUAUGAAAGUUGAGUUGCAACUCCUUGCUGGGAAAUGUUUCUUAUUGAUGCAUGACGUCUUGUGGCCUUGAUUGAAAUUCUCUUAAAAGCCAAGACCUUGUUUUCCCCAAAAAGGAACCGUUCAAAAGCAACAAACUGUUCCAGAAACAUCCAUGUGUCUUUAAUGAUAAGAUAAUAAAUUAACCUGUCCAGUGCA